AAUUCUAAAAAACUUAAAGCCAGAUUUAAUCCAAUAAAAAGGGCAUAUAUGAGCAAUUUAUUUGAUUAUAAACCAAAAAAUAUAAAAACUACUCACAAUAACAAAAAAAAUUAUUACUUUUGUUCUGUUAUUGUAAAUAGUCGAAAAAUAACAUUUUAAAAGAUGUCUGGCCGACCAAAUUGUUCUAUGAUAUCUUGUCGGUUUCAAUUAACAUAACAAAGUUUUAAACAUUGGCGCAUCAUUAACAUUGGUGGCAAGUGAAAGUUAUGUGCGUGCGCGCAGGCGUCCUGGCCUUCUCUCCUCUCUUCCAUUAAACAGCAUGACUUUGCAGUUUCGCUCUACUCUAAAAACCAAAAGGGAUCUACCGUUUUUCGCUUCGAUCCCGACCAAAACCGUUUCUGCUUUAUUUCAAAGUGAAAAUGGCACCAGAAAACGGUCGCCGAGGCGAGAGGCAUCGAGGAAACAUGAUGCCUCUUUCUCCUGGGCCGAUACUUGACAUAAGUGACGACGAACUUGUCAGCAUAUCAGUUAGGGAUUUGAAUCGUCAAUUGAAACUGCGAGGUUUAACCAGGGAAGACAUUGUCAAGAUGAAGCAACGUAGGAGAACAUUAAAAAACCGGGGAUACGCCGCAAGCUGUCGGAUCAAACGUAUUGAACAGAAAGAUGAACUCGAGACGGAAAAAUCUCAGGAAUACAGAGACAUGGAGGUAAUGCAGGAGAAUAACAACACUAUGAGGGAGGAGCUCGACAACCUUUACCUCAAAUACGAAGCCUUGAAGAAAUUCGCCGUAUCAAAGAAAAUACCCAUCCCUCAUGAACUGGAAUCUGUUAACUAAUCUAUCAACUAUAGUUUUAUUUUAUUUUUUAUUUUUUUGUAUUUUCAUCGAAGAAGACAGCCUUACAUACACCACUAGUAUUAUUUUUGUUAUGCAGAAAAUAUAUUUUAAUGUUUUUAAAUAAUAAUUAUUGUUGAUAGAUUGUAACUUUAUUUUCAUACAUAGGGGUACACGCUUUAUUAUAAAUGGCAUACUAACAUUAAGUGUGAAUUUAUUUUUACUUUAAGACUUUAUAUUUUAUUUUAUUAUUAUUAUUUUUGGAAAGGUGACCAAAUAUUUUACAUUUGUUUGCAAAACAAAUAAAUAACUAAAAAGUAAAGCGUGAAGUAUGUCAUUUUAA